AGCUGACUCGUCGGCAGCUAACAACAACAUUGUCUCCCUACAGUUCAUGGGGAAGGAGUAAGAGAAGAGUGGGAUAAGGGAAGAAGGAAAAAAAGAGACUCCAUUCAAACUGGCCCUUCAUUCAAGGCUCUAUUGACAGCAGAGUUCCUCAGCCCACCCCAACUGGCCCCAGAGUCUUUCUAUCGCUUUUCUCUUGCCCCAGAGGGCUUGGCAGCACUACAUGAGAUCGUAUGCAGGGCUCAUGGCCUAAUAUAUUUAAAGGGCACACAGAUUACUUGGGUCUGGUGGAUGAAAGUUUUUAUUUUCUAAAGUGAUGAGCAAAUGUGACAUUUUUAUUUUCACAGAAUGAGUUUUCUUUCAUGAUGUAGACAGGUGAUUUUAUGUACUUUUGACAGGUCUACUGUAUUUCUGAUAGCUACAGAUAUAUCCUUUGGGGUAAGCUGAGAGGACAUGAAUCCUUACGCCAUUAUCCCUGGGUCCAGAAUUAUCAGGGGCAUUGUAGAGACCGCUGGGCCUUCUCUCCAAGGCUGCACCAGUCAGGAUUCACUUACAAUCUUUCACUUUUAUCCUGCCCUCUAAGUAUUUACAAAGUUACUUUCACCAUCUCACACCAGCUCUCUUGACUUGCAGCAGUUCUUUGCUUUUUCAGGAAACAAACGGGAUGAAAGUCCAAGGCUGGAACUUCCUCCUUGUUGUGUUUGACAAGGACUGACGUACUCUAGGUCCUUUAAACCCCGGAAGUCCAAGACACACCCAACCUUGACUGCAGCGUCCAAAUGCUAGGGCUGUAGGUAGAAGGACAGAAGCAAAAAAUCAUUCAACAUGAGGGACCCACUGACAAAUUGUUCGCAUAAUAAAGUGUACAAGAACCUAAAGGAGUUUACUCAGAAUGGAGAGAAUUUCUGCAAGCAGGUCACAGCCGUUCUUCAGCAAAGAACGUGGUGUUAUAUUUUGCUACUUGAGAGAUUGGUUUGAAGAGGGAUUCUCCUCUACUGCACAUUUAUCACUUGAAUACCAUCAAACUUAGGGUACAACUGGAGUGUCUUUCUCAUCUUUGUAUCCUGAGCUUUUAGAGCUUGGCCCUUUUGACUUCUUCAGUUAACGUGUCGCGGUUGAAUGGACGGAUGAAUCAAAGGUCAAACCUGGAGAUUAGCUAUGCCAAAGGACUUCAGAAACUGGCAAUCAAGCUGAGCAAAGUAUUACAGAGCACGAAAAAAAACUGCCUCACCAUCGCCUGGAACUGGGCCUCAGAGGGCAUGAAAUCCUCAGCAGACCUGCAUCAAAAACUUGGUAAAGCAAUUCAGUUGGAAGCAAUAAAACCGACUUAUCAAGUCCUGAGUGCACAAGAGAAGAAGAGAAAAGCACUUGAUAAUGAAGUCCAAAAGACGGCAGAUCUUGUCAUUAGCAACUGGAACCAGCAAAUUAAGGCUAAGAAGAAAUUAAUGGUGAGUACCAAGAAGCAUGAAGCACUUUUCCAUCUUGUAGAAAACUCCAAGCAAUCCGUGACUAAGAAGGAAAAGCAGAAGCUCCUUAAUAAACUGAAAAAAUCAACUGAGAAGUUGGCAAAAGAAGAAGAAAAUUACUACCAAAAAAACUUGGCUGGCUACUCUACCAGACUGAAAUGGGAAAAAACACUAGAAAACUGCUACCAGAGCAUCCUGGAGCUGGAGAAGGAAAGAAUCCAACUUUUAUGCAAUAACUUAAACCAGUACAACCAGCAUAUUUCUGUUUUUGGUCAAACCUUGACCACAUGCCACACCCAGAUUCACUGUGCCAUCAGCAAGAUAGAUGCCGAGAAAGAUAUUCAGUCUUUACUGGAAGAAACUGCAAUAUCGUCUACAGAAAAAAAAUCUGAGUUCCUACUAACUGAUUACUUUGAAGAAGAUCCUAACAAUGCAAUGGAUAAAGAGAGACAAAAGUCUUCAAUAAAAUCAAAAUUGCUGAGACUGCAAAGAGAUAUUGAAAAAGCCUCGAAGGACAAAGAAGGCCUGGAACGAAUGCUUAAUGCAUACUCCAGCAACUCCUCUUUCUCCGAUGGAAAGAGCCAGAAAGACACAGCAGCGUUAAUGGAUGAGACCAAUCUGAAACUAGACCUUCUGCAAGCAAACUCCUAUAAACUGUCAUCAGUAUUAGCAGAACUUGAGCAAAGACCUAAACCCCCACAUCCCUGUAGCACCUGCAUCUUCAAGUGGAAAGAAAAGGAGCAGACACAUAGCUAUGUGAAAAUAUCUCGGCCUUUUAUGAUGAAGAGACUAGAGAAUGUUAUGAGCAAGGCUUCUUCUGGUGGGCAGAGCAAUCCAAGUUCUUCGUCUUUAGCCUCUGAUGUGGCCCAGCUCAGCAAUGGUCUUUGCAAAGCCUUAUAUUCUUUUCAAGCCAGGGAAGAGGAUGAAUUGAGUUUGGAAAAAGGUGACAUUGUGGCUAUACAUGAGAAAAAAGGAGAAGGAUGGUGGUUUGGAUCUUUAAAUGGAAAGAAAGGCCAUUUUCCUGCCGCAUAUGUUGAGGAGCUACCUUCAAAUACUGGUAACACAGCUACCCAGCCAUAAAAUAAGACUGAACACACCACCUUGGACACUUUGUAAACUCUAAAAUGUGGUGCAAAUAAAGAUAAAAUUGUGUUACCUUU